CAGGCUGGGGGCGACCCGCUGGCCCGUGCGGCCGGCGGAUGCUGGCGGCCGCGGAUGAGUCGGGCAAUUCCACCGACUCGGCGCAGGCCCACUCGGCGAUCGAUGACAUGGUGUCGGAGGUGGUGAACUCGGCGCUGAUCAAGCAGGCGAUACGGUCGGUGGUGGCCGAGUGCACCUUCUGCGUCACGAUCGCGGACCCGAGGGGCGAGGACACGCCCUUGAUCGCCGUCUCCGAGGCUUUUGAGUCCAUGACCGGCUUCAGCCGCCACGAGAUCCUCGGGGUGAACUGCCGUUUCCUCAACUACGCGUGCGACAUCAGCCCGAUGGACCUGAUGGCGCUGCGCGUGGCCUCCGUCACGGGGGCGCCCUUCGUGGCCCUGCUGCCGAACAGGAGGAAGUCGGGGGAGCUGUUCGUGAACCUGCUGGACCUGCGCGGCCUUCGCGUGGCGCAGGACACCGAGACGGGCGAGUACAUCUGGUUUCUUAUCGGCAUCCAGGCCGACGUCACCGACAUAGCGGAGUGCGACGAGAUUCCCGAGGACCGCCUGGCCAUGCUCCAGGAGGUCUCGCAGAGGACCGGCGAGCGC